AUGGGGGCCAGCAUCCCGGACAAAAGAGAUGGAUUAUUCGGUACAAGCAUACCCCCUGCCGACGAGCUGGGAAAACACAGCUCCCCGGACACCUUCCCCCCCCCUCCAAAAAAACCCACCCAGCUACAACCACGGGAUAGAACCAAGGCGGGCCGGGACAUCCCCGAGGUGAAGACUGGAGACUGGAGAGGGGCCGGGAGCCCCAAGGAGUUGGAGACGGGAGUCGCUCGCAACACGAGUGAACAUCUGCCCACCCCCAUCUCACCAGGCCCGGCAGUAGCAAGUUUUUUCCACAGGAGGUGUGCGGUUUCCAGCCUUUCCCGCCUGGCCCCUCCGCGCAGCACCGGGGGCCCCCAAGAGCCCCCCCAGCCCCGCAGGCGGGAGGCGUCGACGGUGUCGUGCCCGGGGCAUCCCCGGGACUGUUUUUUCCGGUCGCUGCCCGCAACACCAAUCCGGGCCCUGCGGGGCAGGGGGACCCCGGCUGCGGCUUUAAAAGCGGAGCCCUUUGUGCGCCGGGCUCUGGACCGGGAUGUGCCGUGCCGGGAUGUACCGUGCCGGGAUGUGCCGUGCCGUGCCGGGAUGUGCCGCGCCGUGCCGGGAUGUGCCGCGCCGUGCCGGGAUGUGCCGUGCCGACGGCAGCCUCCACCGCCGCCGGGAAGAGCCUUGGACCACGCCGCAUCGGCAGCCCCGGGACCCGAGCAUCCCCCUCGGCAGGGCAAGGGCUGGGGUGACACAGCCGCAGCCCUGGUCCCCGUUCCCCAGGAGCGGGGCGGGGAGCACGCAGUGCCCCCGGCCGGGCCCCGCGGUGGCGGCCCGGGGGAGCGGGAGGCAGCGGCGCGGGGCGGGGAGAAGCGGAGGAGAGCGGCGGCACCGAGACCGGCUCCGGCGGCCCGGGCACCGCCGUGGGUCGGUACCGGGCGGCCCCGGCUCCGCGGCGGCUCCGGUACCUUCGGGUGGCUCCACGCCCGGGCAGCUCGGCACCGCCGGUACCCCUGGGCGGCUCCGGAAUGCCUCGGAGGCUCCGGUACCUCUGGGAGGCUCCGGCACCUCUGGAAGGCUCCGGUGCCCCGUGGCGGCUCCGCACCCCGGCGGCUCCGGUGCCCCGGCUCCGGGCAGAGGCGAAGGAGGCAGCGGCCGCAGCCAGGCAAGCGGGCGGGGGCGGCCGGACCGGAGCUCAGCCCCCCACCCCAGCCCGGUACCGUCACCCGCGCCCCCUCCGAGGGCAACGGGGCACCCAGGGGGUGCAGGCGGGUAAAUCCGGGGUGGGCCAGGGGGUAUUUGCAACCCCUGUGCCGGGAGCGGGCCGGAUCCGGGAUUUGCACAGAACAAAGGACCAAGGCGGGUGCGUAUGGAAAAGUACCGGCGGGAGGGGAGGGUUAUUUGUCUGCAAACGGGGCUGGGGGCGACAGUGCGUGGGGGCAGCGUUCCUCCCCACCCACACGCCCCCCUCUCCGGGCUGGGGGCUGCUCCGAGGUGGGGGCUCUGCAGGGAACAGGGGUCGCAGCCAUCCCGACGGGCGAGGGGGUUCUGCUUCCCCAGCCGAGGGUUUCAAGGUACAGAGGAGCUGCAAGAUUUGCACAGGGGUCGGGGGGGGACACAGAGUGCCCAGAGUGCAGCAGGAAGGGUUGA